AUGGAAAAUAUAAAUGUGCAGGGAGUGGUGGCAUCAGGAAUAGCAUUUGCAGUGCAGAUAUGGUGCAUAGACAAAGGUGGGCCGGUGUUCGUCGCUGUGUACCAACCUGUGCAGACGCUCAUCGUAGCAAUUAUGGCCUCCAUCGUUUUAGGCGAGGAGUUCCAUUUGGGAGGGAUUAUUGGUGCGGUGUUCAUCGUAGCAGGCCUCUACCUGGUCCUGUGGGGUAAAAGCGAAGAGCGCAAAUUCGCAAAGCCAAAGGUCGCGAUCCAGUCCACUCAGGACCACGGGAACAACAGAACUUCCAGCCACAUCGCGCCGUCCCUUGCUCAGCCGCUGCUCCCACCGACGUCCGAUGAGUUUGACCGGCGAGCAUCUUUGAACUCUUGA